AAUAAAAAGAGAGACUUUCGUCCCCUUAUUCUGUGUAACGGCGACACACAGUCUUGAGAGCAAAAGCGGCGGCUAGGCGACGGUGGUUUUUUUUUUUCUUUUACCGGAGAGAAUUGAUCGGUGAGAAAGAUGGAGUUUUGUCCGACGUGUGGGAACUUGCUGCGUUACGAGGGUGGUGGCAAUUCCAGAUUCUUCUGUUCCACUUGUCCAUACGUCGCCUACAUCGAAAGACAGGUGGAGAUAAAGAAGAAGCAACUUCUGGUUAAGAAAGCCAUUGAACCUGUUGUGUCUAAAGAAGAUAUACCGACAGAAGCCGAAACCGAAGCUCCAUGCCCAAGGUGCGGCCACGACAAGGCAUACUUCAAAUCAAUGCAGAUUCGUUCAGCUGAUGAGCCAGAAUCAAGAUUUUAUAGAUGCUUGAAGUGCGAGUUCACUUGGCGUGAAGAAUGAUAAUGAUGAUCAUUAUUCCACCUCUGUGCUUAUUUUAUUUUUUACUUAUGCUAUCUUCUUUGAGUCUGUUUUAUUUACCUCAUUGGCAAUGUUGAAGAUCCUCUUUCCUGUAAUUUAAAGCAAUCGGAUAUUACAUACAUUUCGACUGUGAAAAGUUUUGAUCUU